CAAGUCGAGCUUGGCUUGUGCGAACUGCAGGCGACCGCACAGUAGCUGGUGCAGCGCAUACUGCGAUUGUGGAAGUGUACUUGCGUUAACCACCGAGAUGCUUAUCAGGGUUACCGGAAACUAGGAACGCUUUACCUUACUCUUUCGCACACGGACGUGUGCCGAAAACUUUCCUGACUUCAGUUGUGGCGGCCGGAAAGCGCGGCCGUGGUCACGCACCAUGCGUUUGCCGAGCUUGAGUACGCUGAUGCAGAUCUCCGGUUGGACCGGAAUCGGACUCGUCUGCAGCUCUUUCUGGUUUAAAAACUACCUGGGCUACAAGAUGAGCGAGCUGGAGUACUACAAGAUGGCCAUGUCGACGCUUCGGGGAAACGCAGCUGCCAUGAAACUUCUCGGCGAGCCGCUCAAGGAACAUCGCAUCGACAUCGGCGACACAACCAGCACCUCGACGCGACCGCACCGAGCUCAGAUGAAAGUUCCAGUUCAGGGCUCCAAGCAGCGUGGCGAGCUGUACCUGUGGGCCGAACGGCACGCGCUCGACGUGCCAUGGGAGUUGCUGAGGCUUGAACUUGGCUUGGAAGCACACAAGGACAAGCGCCUGCUAGUCUACUGCAACCCAAAGUACGCCAAGGACUAUGUGAAAGACUUUGACGUCGACGUAUUGCCCGUGGUGGCUUCGGACAAGUCAAGUGACCCGAGUUAACCAGUGUUUUGUGUAGUGAUAUGGUUAGGCUUGUACUGAGUGUUGCUUAGCUAUCAGGGCAAGCUAUAGACCACUCUUCCAGCUAAAACACUGGCACAUUUGAGCUGAAAUUUUGCACAGAGAUAGCUCUUCAUGGUGGAAUCACUUCAAUACCAUGUUUGUAUGCAUUACUUUCAUGCUUCGGCCACAAGAAAUCCAAAGUAUGCAUCGUACGUGGUGAUGCCAUUCAGAAAAUGCCGAAUUCACUGCAGUAAUAUGGUGGCACCAUCCAUCACCACUACAUUGGAAAGUAUGGUGGCUAUCUGUCAAGACUAUGAUGAAAUGUGCUAUUCAACAUAGUGGUGUCAGACUGCGCCACCGUUUCGUUUCAGCAAAAUAGACAUUUCUGAAUGGCUUCAUCACAUAUGACACAUGCUUGGGAUUUAUUGUGAAAAAAAAAACAGGCAAGUCAUGCACACACACGUGGUAUUAAACUGAACCCACCAUGAAAUGCUACCUAUGUGUAACAUAUCAGCUCGAAUGAGCCAACAGUGGCAAACAACACUCAGUAUAUUUAAGUUAUUUUUAAAAAGAAAAGGUAAACAUUUGCUAGGACGAAUACAAUAUUGAUGCAUCACCUGUGAAAAAAUGUUUGCCUCUGUCCACACACGUUAAUGCCAACAGUGGUGACUAUAAAGAAACUGUUUAACACUACAUAGGCUUAUACAGCACUUGGUAGACAAAUAAACAGGUUGUUUCUUU